UAUUGUGAUUUGAUGUCCAUUGUCUUGAAAUGUGAAUUUUUUUUUUCUGCUUUGAAGAUGUCAUUGGAUGCUAACUGUACUCAGUCCUGAAGAAGACAUUGUCUACUUCAUGGAUCCAUUAAAGAGGAGACUCUGCACAGGAGAGUGGAAGAAUAUUGUUGAUAAUGGCAUCAAAAUACAUAAUGCUCAACUCAAGAGGCAGGGCAGAAAGACAACUACUUGGAAAAACUGUGCGGGUAUUCCUGAGCAAAAGACAGACAAAGACUGUGGAUAUUAUGUAAUGAGAUAUAUGAAGGAAAUAGUGGAAGAUAAGAGCUUAGAUUUUUUCACCAAGUGGGAGAGAAGAGGCAAAGCAACAUAUACCCAGGAAGAUAUUGAUGUGGUCAGAAAUGAGUGGGCAAAGUUUAUGGUGAAGACAUAUAUGUAAGCAUUGCGCUUGGUACUUAUGGAGCUAUAUGUUCUUUUUUAGUUCAGUUGAAACUUUGUUCUAUGGAUUUGGUUGGACAUGAG